AUGGCAAAGGUUUCUGUUCGCCGGUAUGCGGCCAUGUCGGAUGAGAUUGAGCAGCUUGACGUAGAGCUGAAUGAGCUCCUCUCGAGCGUCAGGAACGAUAUUGAGGGCCUCGAAUGGGAUCCCAAGAAAUCGGCGAUGUCGGGGAUGGAGAAGAAGGAAGAAAUUUUGAGAUUGAAGAACCAACUCGAUAAGGCCAAGGGAAUCUUUCAGAACUAUAAAGCAAGACUUCCCCCAUCGGGGUAUCCCAAUCUAACAGUUUUGCAGGUGGAAAUGAGAGAACUAGAUAGGGAUGAAUUGAGGAAGUAUGAAGGCUCGGCGCGGAAACAUCAGACCACCCUAGACGAACUGAACAGAAACCUGAAUUAUGCGAAAUCUCUUGUAGAGAAGGCUGAGCUGAUGGGGGAUAAAGGUCAGAACCCUCCCUCGGCUGCCGAUGGGAAAAACGCGAAGGAACUGAUAGAGAUGGCCAAGCAAACUCAAGCCACGGAUGUUGAGGCCAUGAUGAGGAUGCAAAGAAUGAUUAACGAGAGUGAAGAGACGGGCAUGGAGACGAACAUCAAGCUGAAGACACAGACUGAGCAGCUGAAGAACAUUCAUGCUGAUGUUCAUACGGUGUCAUCGAGGAUGAAAACAGCCGAGAAGCUUGUGAAUCAGAUCGGACGACGACUCGCGACUGACAAGCUCAUUGCAUGCAUCAUCCUCAUUCUGCUGCUCCUGAUCUUGGCCAUCGUGGUGGUGAAGGCGCUCGGAUUAGAUCAGAAAGGCUCCACCAAGGUGGUUGGAGCCGGGGGAUAUGUGUACUACGUGGACUGUUCCUUCCCUAUGAAUGCUUAUUUGGCGCAAUGCCGAUCUGAAGCACAGGCCACUCCUGCCCCUCCUCCUCCUCCUCCUCCAGGAGCAGGGCCAAGGCAACAAAUGUUACAGCUGGCAGACAGAAUGUUUCAAAGGAAGUUGGAAGCAGAAAAAGCUCAAUAAUGAAUAUUCAAAUACGUC